GCAACACUAUCGCGAUUCGAACUAGCGCCUCCCAGCGAACCAUGUCCCUCCGCCGGCACCUGCAGCAGCACUGGAUGGUCGUCGCCAUGGUCGCCGCCGCCCUCGUCGCGCAGCGCGCGCCCGCGGCCGGCGCGGCGCUCUACCACCGCUACUCGAAGGGCCUCAUCGCGUGCAUCUUCCUGCUCCUGGGCCUGUCGCUGCCGCGGGACGCGAUGCGCAAGGCCGUGAAGCGGAUCGGCGUCCACGCGCGGUGCCAGGCUCUCUCGCUGGUCGCGGUGCCGGGCGCCUACUACGCCGUCGUGCACCGCCGCGGCCUCGACGCCGCCGUCCUCGGGCCCGCCGUCGCGCGGGGGCUCAUGGUCUGCCUGAGCAUGCCGACGACGACGACGACCGGCGUCGUCUUCGCGGAAGGCGCGGGCGGCGACGCGUCGGUCGCCGCGGUGAACGCGGCUUUGGGCAACCUCCUGGGGCCCGUCGUCUCGCCGGCGACGGUCGCCUUCCUCGUGGGCACCUCGCCCGCCUCGGCCGGCGAGGCGCCGCUCGCGGCCAAGGUCGGCGCGCUGUUCCUGGUCAUCGCGCUCCCGUUCGCGACGGGCGGCCUCGCGCAGGCGAAGCUCGGCCGCGCCGCGCCGCGCGUCCGCGCGGCGGCCGCGAAGGCGACGAAGGUGGUCUUGUGCUUCCUCUUUUAUUUCCUCUUCUGCACGGUCUUCGCGCCGUUCGGUCCGAGGUUCGAUCCCGCGACGCUCGCCGCGCUGGCCGUCUUCGUCCUCGCGACGCACGUCACCCUCCUCGCGCUCUGCUGGGCCGCGUGCCGGGACCUCGCGGUCCAGGACCGCAUCGCCGUGAGCCUCAUGGCGUCGCAGAAGACGGAGUCCAAGGCCGCGGCGCUGCUGACGGUGCUCUACGGCGACAGCCCGGACCUGGGCGAGCUCCUCCUCCCCGUCGUCGCCUACCACUCCGUCCAGAUGGUCGUCGCCGCGGCCCUCGCGGCGCCCAUGCGCGCCGCCGCGCUCCGCGGGCCGCCGAAGCUCGGGGAUGUGGAGUCGCCGAGCGCAGCCGCCUACCCGUAUUGCGACCGCGCGCUCCCCAUACGCGCGCGCGUCGCCGACCUCGCGGCGCGCUUCACGGUCAACGAGACCAUCAGCCAAAUGGGCACCAUGGCCGCCGCCGUCCCGCGCCUCGGGCUGCCCGCGCUCAACUACGGCGGCGAAGCGCUCCACGGCGUCUGGUCCACCUGCGCCGCCGGCCGCUGCCCGACGCAGUUCCCCGCGCCGCACGCGAUGGGCGCGUCGUUCGACCGCGACUUAUGGCGCGCUGUCGGCGCCGCGAGCGGGCUGGAGGCGCGAGCGCUGUUCCGCUGGAACCAGCGACACAACGCCAGCGACUGCGCGCGGUCCCUCGAGGGCUGCCUCGGCCUCACGUUCUACGCCCCGAACGUGAAUCUCGCAAGAGACCCGCGCUGGGGCCGAAUCGAGGAGGUGCCCUCGGAGGAUCCCCUGUUGAACGGGGUUUACGGUGCUGAGUUCGUGCGCGGCUUCCAGGGCGACGGCGCCUAUCGCGUGGCGAACGCCGUCGUGAAACAUUUCGCGGUGUAUAAUCUGGAGGUCGACGUCGAGGACACGCCGCCGGCGGACUGGUGCGGGUCGGCCGCCUGCGCGCCGCCCAACGACCGCCACAGCUUCGACGCGCGCGUUUCUCCGCGCGACUUCGAGGAGACCUACGUCGGCCCGUUCGUCGCGCCCGUGGCCGCGGGCGCCGCGGCCGCGAUGUGCAGCUACAACGCCGUGAACGGCGAACCCGCGUGCACCGACGGCGCGCUCCUCCGAGGCGCGCUCCGCGGCGCCCUCAACUUCACGGGCGUACUCGCGACGGACUGCGGCGCGCUCGAGGACGCGGUCGCGCGCCACAAGCGCUACGCGACGGAGGCCGAGGCCGCGGCCGCGGCGAUCGCCGCCGGCGUCGACAGCAACUGCGGCAAGGUGCUCACGUCCGCGCUGCCCGAGGCCCUGGCGGCGGGUUUGGUGCGACCGGACGCCCUGCGGCCGCCCCUCGAGCGCCUCCUCGAGGCGCGGCUCCGCCUCGGGCUCUUGGACGACUGGGACGCGGACGCUCCCGUGCCGCGGCCGGACGUCGACGCCGUCGACUCGCCGGCGCACCGCGCGCUCGCGCUCCGCGCCGCGCGCGAGGGCCUGGUUCUCUUGCAGAACCCGAACCAGAUACUCCCGCUCGACGGCCGGGGCACGCUCGCCGUGAUCGGCCCCAACGCGAACGCGUCCAUGAACCUUUUAUCGGGCUACCACGGCACGCCGCCGCCCGACUUGCUCCGGUCGCCGCUCCAGGAGCUCGAGGCGCGAUGGCGCGGAGGAAAAGUGGUCUACGCCGUCGGCUGCAACGCGUCCGGCGCCGCGACGGCCGCGCUCGACGAGGCCGUGGACCUCGCGAAAACGGCGGACGUCGUCGUCCUGGGGCUCGGCCUCUGCGGCGACAACUACGGGGGCGGCCCGCCCAAGGAGGACGCGACGUGUUUCUCCAUCGACGAGGCCGAGUCCGUCGACCGAACGUCCCUCAAGCUCCCCGGCGCCCAGGAGGCGCUCUUCUCGAAGAUCUGGGCCCUGGGCAAGCCCGUCGCCGUCGCCGUCUUCCUCGUUUCCGCGGGCGCCGUCGACGCGUCCUUCGCGAAGGACAAGGCGGCGCUCCUGCUCGCCGGCUACGGCGGCGAGUUCGGCGGCGUCGCCGUCGCCGACGCGCUCCUCGGCGCCUAUAACCCCGGCGGCGCGCUGACGGCGACGAUGCUCCCGGACGCGGGGCUGCCGCCGUUCCGCGACAUGGCCAUGCGGCCGAGCGCCGCGUCGCCGGGCCGCACGUACCGCUUCUUGGACGAGCGCCGCGUCGCGCCGCUCUGGCGCUUCGGCUUCGGCCUCAGCUACACGGCCUUCGCCGUCUCCCUGGCCGGUCCGACGCGCGUCCCGCGACGCGCCGCGACGCGCUUCUCCGUCGUCGUCCGCAACGUCGGCGCCGUGUCGGGCGACGUCGUCGUCGCGUGCUUCGUCGCCGCCGUCGGCCGCCCGGACGCGCCGCUCCGCGAGCUCUUCGACUUUGCCCGCGUCCGCGACCUCGCGCCCGCCGCGUCGACGAAGGUCUCCAUGGAGUUGCGCCCGCGGUCGCUGUCCCUCGUCGACGAGGCCGGCGUCCGCUCGACGACCGCGGGCGCCUACGACGUCCGGUGUUCCGCGGGCCGCGUCGCCGACACCGAGGACAUCCGGCUCACGACCGCGCACGAGAUCGCCGCGUUCAUGAGCUUGUGCGGGUUCACGGCCAUGGAGUCGGCCUUCUCGACGCCCGCGAGCCACGUCGCCUUCAGCGCCGGGCUCCAGAGCGCCGCGCCGCCCCAGGACCCGUCGACGUGGUGCCACACGGGCUCGUCGCACUCGUCGACGACGGCCUGGACCUCCUCGAGGUCGUCGAACGCGCCGCGGACGGUCGUGCCCGCGGUGCUGCCGACGAAGAAGGGCGUCUUGCCCGCGGCCCGCGCGUCGUCCAUGGCCUUUUUCAAAGCCGGGCCGCGCACGCGGCCGCCCGCGUCCACGGGCACGGAGACGAGGUUGUCGUCGCCCAACCCCAUGAUCCGCGACGCCUUCAAAUACGAGUAGUGCGCGUCCGCCGAAACAAAAGCGCAGAGCGCGCGCCCGCCGGCGGCGCCGCGCGUGCGGCGGCCCGGGUCCGCCGCGUGGGCCGCCAUGUGCAUGCCGUAGAGAUUCGACGCGGACCCUCCCGGCGUCGUGAGACCGUCGCACGCGCCCUCCCAGCCCACGAGCUCCCCGACGCGCUUGAUCACCGCGCGCUCCACGAGCGUGAACACGGGCGCGACCUCGUAGGUGUGCGCGUUCGUGUUGCAGGCCGCGACGAGCCACUCGCCCGCGAGCGCCGCGUCGUCGACGCCGCCGUACAACUGGUUCAGGAACAGCGGGUGCCGCGUCCUCACGGAGUACUCGAGGGCCGUGCGGCAGGCCGUGAGCAGGUGACCGUCCUCGUGGCCCGCGGCGCCGUCGAGGCCGAUGGGCACGCCGGCGCCGGCGAAGGCCGCCUCGAUCUCCGACGGGCUCGCGAAGUUGAGCACCUUCGUGUCCGCCGCGUCCCGCGAGCUCGCCUCGCCGAAGUCGAGGAGCUCGGGCGCCAGGGCCUUGGUCAGGGACAGGCCGCUGCGCGGCACGGCGGACAGGGCCGAGGCCACGUUCGCCAGCGCCAGGAGCGUGGAAGCUUUGCGCGCCAUGCCU